UUCGUUCACCACUCAGCUCAUAGCCUGAUCGCGAACCGCGCCUCAAGCGACUGCCAUCGCAUCCACCAUUAUUGUCUUAUAGUGGCAUUGUAAGGUCCAAAGAUUGGUGUUUAGUGCUCUGAAGCAUCUUACACCAGCUAGGGCGGCCAAAGAAGGCUUACUGCCACCAUGUUUUCCUCCGCUGCGAUUAGGACAUUUCUAAUUGGAAUUUCAUUAUUUAUUCUCGUAGAGGCGCAAGAUCCUCUACCUACAUUUCCUCCCAUACCAGGAAACCCAGGUUCUCGAGGAGCAAAUGGUGAUCCAGGUGAUCGUGGAGAGCCAGGACCUGUGGGCGAAGAAGGACCCCAAGGAUAUGAUGGUAAUCCAGGAAGACCUGGUCCAAGAGGUGAUCCAGGAGAGAUCGGACCUGCUGGACCAGAGGGGCCUCCAGGAGGUGCAAUUGGAGCUAUUGGGGAAAAAGGACCUGAACCUGGUCCUUUGAAAGGCAUCAAAGGUGAACCUGGAACUCCGGGUGCAAGAGGGCCCCCAGGAAACCCAGGAAAACGUGGACCACUAGGGCAAGCAGGUGCACAAGGAGAGCGUGGUAGAUCAGGAGAGCCAGGACCCCCUGGUCGUCCUGGCCAACCUGGACCCCAAGGGCAACCUGGAGAGGAUGGCAGUGAUGGUGACUCUGGAGAAACUGGAGAAACUGGAGAGCCUGGUCCACCUGGUUCACCAGGUCCACCAGGAGCACCUGGUAUGUCUGGUGAUGUGGGUUUCAAAGGAGACCAGGGAGAAAAAGGAUCAAAAGGAAGUAAAGGAAACCAGGGAGUUCCUGGUGAAAGGGGAUCUCCUGGUCUUGCUGGAAAAUCUGGUUUCGAUGGACGACCUGGAGACCCUGGACUGCGUGGUGUCACAGGAAAACCUGGCAGACAAGGACCAGUGGGUCUCAGGGGAAGUGAAGGACCCCCAGGACAGCAAGGACGACCGGGUCAAAGAGGACCGAGAGGGGUUCCAGGUUCACCAGGUAUUCCAGGAGCCAAGGGUGAUGCUGGCGAACAAGGCAUUCAAGGUGCACCUGGAGAAGCAGGUGAACCAGGUCCUCCAGGUGAAAUAGGAGCAAAGGGUGAUAAUGGACGUGAUGGAGCACCAGGCAGAAGUGGAGUGCCAGGAGAGAAAGGAUCAGUGGGUCUCACUGGAGAACAAGGUCCAUCAGGUCAACCAGGAGCUCCUGGAAAUGCUGGUGUUCCAGGUGCGCAAGGAAGGUCAGGUCCCCCUGGCGACAGAGGACGAGCUGGUCGCCCAGGAAUGCGAGGAAGAAAGGGAGAAAAAGGAGGCCAAGGAACCCCAGGUACACCUGGUCAAACUGGACCUUCUGGCCCUGUUGGCAAACGGGGUCGAACUGGAUCACCAGGCCCUCCCGGUCCAGUCGGUGCACCAGGUCCUCAGGGUCCUUCUGGUCUUCGCGGAUCACCUGGUCCUGACGGUACACCCGGUCGAAAGGGAUCAACUGGUUCACCGGGUGAGAAUGGUUUCAAUGGAGCAAAGGGAGAUAAGGGAUCUGCAGGUGCACGUGGUGAACCAGGGCAACUUGGUGCAAAGGGACCCACAGGUCAACCAGGAGUACCCGGACGAGAUGGCAAAACUGGCGCGCCAGGUGACCCAGGAGCAGAUGGCUCACCAGGAGCUCCUGGCCAACAGGGUCCACAAGGAAACCCUGGGCCUAGUGGAUUGACUGGAAGAAAAGGAUCAAUGGGAGAACCAGGUGUAGAUGGUGAACCAGGAGCCCCAGGUCCUCAAGGAGCCAAGGGUGAAACUGGAGGACCAGGAAGGCGUGGUCUGACCGGCAUUCCAGGAAAACAGGGAAGGCAAGGUGAACGAGGAGAAAGAGGACAAACUGGCCCACAGGGACCUCAGGGAGCCCCUGGCAGUCAGGGACCACCAGGGCUACCUGGAAAGCCCGGAGAAACUGGAUCACCAGGGGAGAGUGGAGUGGAUGGAACUCCAGGAACAAGGGGUGAACGUGGCUCGCAAGGAGAUCGUGGACCUCCAGGUGUUGCUGGUUCCUCUGGAGACCCUGGUGAGCCAGGAGUACCUGGUGCUGAUGGCAAAGCUGGAGAGAGAGGUCUUCAAGGCCCACCUGGCCCAGCUGGUUCCCCUGGUCUGGCUGGUUUACCAGGACAACAAGGACGGCGAGGUCCCCCUGGAGCAAAGGGUGCAAAGGGAGAUGGUGGACCAACUGGAGAACGGGGAGCAGAUGGGAAGAAUGGAGAGCCGGGACAAGAUGGAAUGCCAGGACCUGCUGGUCCUCCAGGCCCACCAGGAGAAAAGGGUGAAGAUGGUGUGAAUGGUCAAGAUGGCACUCCUGGUAGCCGUGGCGAUACUGGACCUCAAGGUCCUCCAGGAAAUCCUGGUCAACCUGGAAGACCAGGACGAUUGGGACCCUCAGGCCCUCCUGGGCCCGAAGGCCCACGCGGACCACGUGGAGAUUCGGGUUUGAAAGGGCCUCCUGGACCCCCAGGACGGUCAGGACCCACUGGAACAAUAGGUCAGAUAGGUGAACCUGGGCCUAAGGGAAGAAAAGGAGUUCAAGGAAUGCCGGGAAAAGAAGGUGUCCCGGGAUCUCCAGGAAAACCAGGGCAAGCAGGCCCUCCUGGACCUCCAGGAGUGGCUGGACCAUCGGGCAGAGAUGGUGCAAAUGGACAAAAGGGUGCAGCUGGAGAACCAGGCCGACCUGGUAAAGAUGGCCUUCCUGGGCUUCCCGGUAACAAUGGAAAAGAUGGUGAGCCUGGACCUCCAGGAUCUGAUGGUGGACCGGGAGAAGUUGGGCAUCCAGGACCUUCCGGACCAAAGGGUGACAGAGGACCAAUGGGACCCCCUGGCGCACCCGGAACUGGAGGAAGUCCAGGAGCACAAGGACCCAAAGGUGACUCAGGUCCCCCGGGCCGAAAUGGACGCAGCGGUUCACCUGGUUCACCCGGAGGUCGUGGUCCACCGGGACCAAAGGGUGAAGCAGGUAAUCCUGGAGCGAACGGCAGCAAUGGAAGAAAUGGUACGGAUGGUAUAAACGGACGACCAGGUUUGAAGGGAGAACGAGGUGCCCCAGGAGAACCAGGAAAAGCAGGAGACCCAGGUCCUGCUGGUAUUGAGGGACCAAAGGGAGAUCAAGGACCACGGGGAUCCCAGGGAGAAAAGGGACGUCGUGGAAGUGAUGGUGUUCCUGGCAAACGAGGCGAUCCUGGUGCCCCGGGAAAUCAAGGACCUCAAGGAGAGAAAGGUGACACUGGUCUACCUGGCGAAAAGGGAGACAAAGGUUGGACGGGACCUAAAGGAGCGACUGGACCUGAUGGCCCACAGGGCGAGAGAGGACCACCAGGUGUUGACGGAGUAGAUGGACCUCCAGGACUUAGGGGGCCACCAGGAGCAAGAGGAAAUCCCGGUCCACCAGGAAGAAACGGAACAGCGGGUGAACCAGGCAUGAAAGGACCUGAUGGUGACCCUGGAGAGGCGGGAAAUGAGGGACCUGGGGGAUACAAAGGACCACGCGGGCCUCCAGGACCUCCGGGACCUCCCGGUGAGCCAGGCCGUCCAGGAUUACUCGAAUACUUGACUACUGCAAACAUUGAAAAAGGUCCAGGAUUCCGUUUAUACUCAAGCAGCAGAAAGGAAAUGCCAACUCAAGAAAUUAAGCCUAUGGAUAUACUUAGAGGAUUGGAUGCAAAAGAAAAAGAAAUCGAUUUGAAAAUAAAACCAGACGGUACCAGAAAAUAUCCUGCAAGAACGUGUUACGAUCUGUUCCUUGAUCACAAGAGUUACAAGAACGGUAUGUUCUGGAUCGAUCCUAACGGUGGAACAAUCAAGGAUGCCAUCUGGGUGUUCUGUGAUAAGGGCAAGAAUUCGUCGUGUGUCUAUCCCAAGAACUCGAAAAUCUCUGACCUUACAAUCAAAGCACAAUUCCAGGACAAGGAAGACAAGUGGCUGAGCCAAGCUUUUAAAGAAAGUGAAGAGACCGAAUUGAUUGAAUACGACGCCCACUACACACAGCUUAACUUCCUGAAGACAUUUAGCAACUAUGCUAAUCAGAACAUCACCUACGCCUGCCGUAACUCCAUGGCUUGGGAAGAUGGAAGAUACUCCAUCAAACUCAAGGGCUCUAAUGAAAUGGAAUAUCACGCCACAUCUAAGACCUCGCUCAGACCUAAAGUACUCUCCAACGGAUGCAUGCAAAGCGAUUCUACGGGUAAAUGGGAAAAGACAGUUCUAGAGAUUGAUACCAGAGAGAGGAAUAGACUACCAAUCAUGGAUGUUUCAGCCUAUGACAUCGGCGGUAAAGAACAAGACUUCAAGCUUGAAAUUGGACCAGCCUGUUUCCAUCAUACCGUCCUAACCCGUACGGCUUAGCGUUUGGUAGCCACCUGUAUAUUGUGUUUUAAUAUUUCGACGUUUGAUGACAAAGGCAGUCGAUGGAAUCUAAGGAUUAAACAUGAGUUAGAUGUAGCGGAGAGAACUUAUAUCAAGCCUCGCAAGGCACUGCUUUGCCUAAUCACAAAUCUCCUCCGAGUCUGAAUAAAAUUUUUUCUAUUAUAUUUGUUGUUGGUUUUUACUCAGCCUGUUAUUGCAGUUUAAAAGUUUUAUAGUAUGUGUUUGAAAGGAGUUUCGUUGCUAUAUAAAUAAACUGAAAGCUCACUCGUAUUUUAUUUUUGUGCUGAACGAAUUUUGUAGUAAUAUAAGUGAAGUUGUGGCAUCUACAGUGAUAGAACUAGAAGCGAUGAAAGGUGAGCUGUAUUAAUAGAAAAUAAAACAAAAUUUGUGAUCAUGCCAA